CGGGAGCGAAGCUGAGGCAAUGGCUGGCGGCUCCCUAGCGGGGAGUCGAGCCCCGGUGGCCGAGGCGGAGCCCGGGCGCAGGAGCUGAGGCGGCGUCGGCGUGGCCUUGUCCGUGUCGCCUCAGCCGAUCCUCCUCCCCGCGGUGAGGAGAGGCCUCCCUCGCUUCCCCCGCCGUCCUCCUUCCCGUCCCGUCCCUUCGCUGGCUGCUGGGCGGGGAUGAGGCGGCAGCCCGGUGGCGGCGGUGGUGGUGGCGGCGGCGGCGGCGGCGGAGGAGGGGCCGGAGGCGGAGGAAGCGGCAGCAGCGGCAGCAGCAGCAGCAGCAGCGGCGACACCGACACCGACGACGGCGACUUGGAGGGGCGGCCCCCUGCCUAGCCCGCUCCCCACACCCGCGCCGCCCUCGUCCCCGCCGGGCCUGAAGCGGCGGAGGAUGUCGGAGGAGCCUGACGCGGACAAGAUGAUCAAGGAAACUUCUAUUUUAGAAGAAUACCACAUUAACUGGACUCAGAAACUGGGAGCUGGAAUCAGUGGCCCAGUAAGAGUCUGCAUGAAAAAAUCGUCUCAAGAACGGUUUGCGCUGAAAAUCCUUCUUGAUCGGCCAAAAGCUAGAAAUGAGGUCCGGCUUCACAUGAUGUGUGCGACACAUCCCAACAUCGUCCAGAUCAUCGAAGUCUAUGCUAACAGUGUGCAGUUCCCUCAUGAGUCCAGUCCACGGGCCCGGCUCCUAAUUGUAAUGGAGAUGAUGGAAGGGGGCGAACUCUUUCACAGAAUCAGCCAACAUCGGCACUUCACUGAGAAGCAAGCAAGCCAAGUAACAAAGCAGGCAACGUUGGCCUUGCAGCACUGUCAUUCUUUAAACAUUGCACAUCGAGACCUCAAGCCUGAGAACCUUCUUUUCAAGGACAAUUCUUUGGAUGCCCCAGUGAAGCUCUGUGACUUUGGGUUUGCCAAGGUGGACCAAGGCGACUUGAUGACACCGCAGUUCACUCCUUAUUACGUCGCACCUCAGGUACUAGAGGCACAAAGAAGGCACCAGAAAGAGAAAUCGGGUAUCAUCCCUACCUCGCCAACGCCCUACACUUAUAACAAGAGCUGCGACUUAUGGUCUCUGGGCGUCAUCAUUUACGUGAUGCUGUGUGGCUACCCGCCUUUUUACUCCAAGCACCACAGUCGGACGAUUCCCAAGGACAUGCGGAAAAAAAUCAUGACGGGGAGCUUUGAAUUUCCGGAAGAGGAAUGGAGCCAGAUCUCCGAAAUGGCCAAGGACAUUGUGCGCAAGCUGCUGAAGGUAAAGCCGGAGGAAAGACUGACAAUAGAAGGCGUCCUGGACCACCCUUGGCUGAACUCCACGGAGGCGCUCGAUAACAUUUUGCCCUCUGCCCAGUUGAUGAUGGACAAGGCAAUGGUGGCUGGGAUACAGCAGGCGCACGCCGAGCAGCUGGCCAACAUGAGGAUCCAGGACCUCAAAGUCAGCCUCAAGCCGCUCCAUUCUGUCAACAACCCAAUCCUGCGCAAAAGGAAACUGCUGGGAACGAAGCCAAAGGACAGCGUGUACAUUCACGAUCCUGAGAACAGCAGCGAGGACUCCAACGUCGCCCUGGAAAAGCUCCGUGACGUCAUCGCCCAGUGCAUCCUGCCGCAGGCUGGUAAAGGCGAGAACGAAGAUGAGAAGCUCAAUGAAGUGAUGCAGGAGGCGUGGAAGUAUAACCGGGAGUGUAAAUUAUUACGAGACACCCUUCAGACCUUUAGCUGGAAUGGCAGAGGAUUCACGGAUAAAGUAGACCGACUAAAACUGGCCGAAAUAGUGAAACAAGUCAUCGAAGAGCAGACGAACUCCCACGACUCGCAAUAGUUGGAGCGGUUUAGUUUGAACCGAUACAAAAAUCCCCCCCUUUUUUUUAACCCUUUGAGAUGUUCUCCUUUAAACUGUAAAAAGUAUUUUUAUGUAAAUUAAUAAAUCAUAAUUAUUUCAUUAAAUUUCCACACAGCUUGAAAAACGCUGUAUAGAUGUAGAUAACGAGAAUCAUUGGUACUGUAAUAUUUUUUUAAAAACUCAGUUUAUGUUUAUAUGUGUGUGUGUAUAUAUAUAUAUACAUGUAUUUACAUAUACAUCUAUAUACACAUAUAUACAUAUAUAAAUUAAUUUUUAUGUACCGUUUAAUUCAUGACUGUUAAACGGGGCAAAUUAUUAUUGUGUUCUCUUCAAUAACCAGAUGCAGUAGCCUCCCUCUAGCUGCCUGUUUCAAACAGUUAACAGCCUAUAUCAAUUAGUGGUGUUUGAUUUCCAUCCUUUGCAUUCAGCUCAAUAAAUUAUUUGAAGUAAGCGUGAGGGACGUGAAGAGCAUGAGUGUCCCUCAGAACUUUCUUCCAAGGCAAUCACUUUAAUGGCCCAAUAGCCAGCGUGGUGGCUGAGCCCAGGAACCCCUUGGGAUUACGAAGGAAGCGAGUUCCUCACCGCUUGAAGAUCUCAACUUCACGUGUUUCUUCUUUUCCUUUCGCUUCCCACUGUGCAGCUAAAAAUGGACAGAAAGAUGUCCCCUGAUCUAGAAAGGGUGGCUGUUCCCACUUUUCUUUCUUCCUCCUCCUCCUCCUCCUUCUUCUCCUUCCAAUUUCAGUUCACAAAGAUCUGUACAUAUUUCUAGUUUUCUAUCUUACAACAUGUUUGCUUUUUAAGACUGGGCUGAUGGCGGUUUUAUAGAAUUCCUUUGGUACAAUCACCUGUGCCGUUUAGCAACUGAGCUGCCGGUUCAGGGCUGCUUAGAUGUCUUUGACUACUUCCUUAGCUCACGACUUCUGGAAUCGUUUACAUUUGGUUUCCUGAGCCACAGCGCCUCGCCCCGCAGCGUUACUCCCUUCCGUCUUUUGUUUUGCUUCUUCUUUUACUUCUUCCUGGCUCAUCAGUCAGGAGCUGUCUUCUCCAGUGAUUCUUGUAAGCUAGAACUCUGAGCCCUUUCCUAUGCCGCAGAGAUGGUCUCUGUUUGCACCAUUGCCUCUUUCUUGGUCUUUUCCAGCAGUGCUCAGUGGGUAGUAUUAAACCGCCUCAUUGAUGGCAAACUUGAAUGUAUGUGACGUUUGCUUCAGCGCUGAUCAGGAAGUGCGGGCAUCUCUCCUGGCAGCAUGGGCGGAACGGCACAGCGAGGUGUGGGGGCUAUCAACCGUCUGUCCUCCAUCACAUGGACUGCAACACCUGUCUAAGGCAUAAUUACAGGCCACAGGUCUGGCUCGCAGUGCAUGGGCAUGAAGACUGCAUGCAUCUCGCAAAGAAGUCCUUCUCUGGACCCACCCACAAGUCUAAAUUGCCCCUCUUCAGAAAGACGGGCACUUUCUGCCCGUCGCCAGGAAGAUUUUCAAUCACUGGUGUGAAGGAGAGAUGGGAAUUCCUUUCUGAAGUAAACGGCAGAAGCAGAAAGCUGUUGUCGUACGCUCGUGCAAAGUCCUAAGCAAGGUGAAGUUUAGCACCGGCUUGUUAAUCACUGCCCAGUAAGAUUUACUUCCCCCUAUAAACUCCAGGCAAACCAGGAGUUGAUGAUUAUUUUGCAGUUGUCCUUCCGAUCCGCUUUGCUCAGAAGGGGCACUCCCUGUUUCUUUCUGAUAAUUGGCCUCCGCCGUCUUCAAGAGAGUUUUGUGUACCUUUCCUUUCGAAUUGAUUGUUUCUUGAUUUUCUCUCCCAGUGCUGGGCACCCAAUGGUCAGCUUGUGCUGGUGUGACGAAAACUGACAGCGGCAUCUGCGUUGUACCGUUCGUAGAAGUGCUGUGCCCGUGCGUGACAGCAAGGCAAUGGUGAAGGAAAUGUCUCCUUAUGGCCCC